AUGCUGGAUCUCAUUCGCGACUCGGCCUUUGGCCACAUCGUUCGACUUGUGACGCGGAACAAGUACCUUCAAUAUCCUGAAGAGCAGGACCCCGAGAUCUGGAAGAAAUAUGUCAGUCACGAGAAAUCUGGAUACGCCGCAUACCAUGGAUCUACACAACCGCCUGAGAACGCGGACGAGAUUGAUGAACUAACCCAGGCACAUGGAGUCAGAAGCCGCGAUGAUAGACACGACUCUGAGACAUCGUCACGCACAAUUGGAAAUGGUGUCAAUGAAGCCAGUGGUGUGAGAUUGGAUCCUGAAAAGGGUAAGGACCUCCACGUUGUCGAUUGGUAUGGACCAGACGACCCACAGAACCCGCGAAACUGGUCGCGUGCAAAGCGGUACUUUGUUACCUUUGAAAUUUGCUUUCUUACUUUCUCCGUAUACAUCGGCUCAGCAAUUUACACACCCGGUCUCAUGGACGUAAUGGCAGACUUCGGCGUCGCUCAAGUUCCCGCAACAUUGGGAUUGACGCUAUAUGUUGCUGGAUACGGUCUUGGGCCUCUGCUCUGGUCGCCUAUGAGCGAGAUUCCUCAGAUUGGUCGUCUUUGGGUGUAUAUCAUCACACUUUUAAUUUUCGUCCUUCUUCAGCUGCCGACUGUCUUUUCGAUCAACUUUGGCAUGCUUCUUGCCUUCCGGUUCUUGACUGGGUUCUUCGGUUCGCCAGCGCUCGCCACAGGUGGUGCUUCCAUUGCCGACAUGUAUCGACCGAAGAAACAAGUAUACGGCUUGGCUGUGUGGGGAAUUGGAGCUGUUUGCGGACCAGUACUCGGUCCCCUUGUUGGCGGCUUCGCUGUUAUGGCCAAGGGCUGGACAUGGACUAUCUGGGAGCUCAUGUGGCUAUCUGGCUUCUGCUGGGUAUUCCUGUUUUUCUUCUUCCCUGAGACGAGUGCACCAAACAUCCUGCACCGUAGGACACGAAGGUUAAAGAAGUUGACUGGUGACGACCGUCUUACCUGUGAGGCGGACAUCAUGUCCCAGGAGAUGUCAGCGAAGGACAUUGUCAACAUGAGUCUUCUCAAGCCCUUCACCCUCAUGUUCACGGAACCCAUCGUGUUUCUACUGAACCUUUACAUUGCGCUCAUCUACGGACUCCUUUACAUCUGGUUCGAGUCAUUCCCCUUGGUCUUUGAGGGACUGUACGGCUUCAACCUUGGCCUUGAAGGUGUGGCAUUCCUCGGUAUCCUCGUCGGCACCUUCAUUGCGGUCAUCGUACUCUUUGCGUGGAACUACUAUUACCUGGAGAAGCAGUUUGAUGAGAACGGCAACAUUGAGCCAGAGAAGCGCCUUAUUCCUGCCAUGGUGGGCUGCUUCGCCGUACCCAUCUGUCUCUUUUGGUUCGGAUGGACGUCUAGGUCAGAUGUGCACUGGAUUGUGCCCAUCAUUGGAUCGGGCUUCUUCGGUGUCGCAGCCUUUACGCUGUUCCAAGCAGUUUUACCCUACCUAUCGGAUGCGUACCCAGACUCAGUCGCUAGUGUACUGGCGGGCAACGACUUGAUGAGGUCUGCAUUCGGUGCCGGUUUCCCACUGUUCGCCAGUGCCAUGUUCAAGAACUUGGGCAUCAACUGGGCGAGUAGUACGUUGGCGUUCCUGGGUAUCGCUUUUAUCCCGAUCCCAUUUGCGCUUUACAAGUGGGGCAAGCAGAUCAGACACAAGAGCAAGUUGGCGAGGAAGGAUAUAUAA